AUGCAAGGUGCAGACAGCAGGCUUUGCUUUAAAAAACUGAAACUACGAGAAAUAGUUUCUAUCUACUUCAUGAUGAUUGCCGUUUUUCUAGUAAUUCUUGUAGCCUCCUUUCAAGGCUCAGACUCCAAAGAAAACCAUUUCCCUUACAAAGUUGUACUGGAUCCAUACAGUACUUUAAUAUUAUCAUGGAAUGUUAGUUAUGCAGAAGAAAUGCUACACUUCCAAUUACUUGUUAAAGAGACAAAAUACGGUUUGCUGUUUGGGAUGUCAGACAGAGGCGAGUUUGAAAAUGCUGAUUUUGCUAUUCUUUGGAGUGACGGGCUUAAUUCAUAUUUUGGGGAUGCAUGGAGUGACCAAUAUGGCUACAUCCAUCUGGAUUCUAAACAGGACUAUCAGCUUUUGGAUGCACAUAAAACACAGGAUGGGCUUUAUUUGCUUUUCAAGCGAGCAUUCAGCACAUGUGAUCCCAAGGAUUACUUAAUAGAGGAUGGGACUGUUCAUAUUGUGUAUGGUUUUCUGGACCACCCAACAGACUCUGUUCAAGGCAUUAAUAUUUCUUCUAUACCAAGAGGAAUGCAAAGGGUCCAGCUACUGAAGACCAAUAUAAGUAUUCCAGAACUUCCCAUGGAUGUUAAAACAAUAGAAAUUGUAGCUCCUAAUGUGACCAUUCCAGGCCAAGAAACUACAUACUGGUGUUAUAUCACAGAGCUUCCACAAAACUUCCGAAAGCAUCAUAUUGUAAAGUAUGAAGCAGUGAUAACACAAGGCAACCAAGCAUUAGUACAUCACAUGGAGGUGUUUCAGUGUGCUCCGCAGUUUGAAACGAUCCCUUAUUAUAACGGCCCAUGUGACUCCAAGAUGAAACCAGAGCGAUUGAACUACUGCAGGCAUGUGCUUGCUGCAUGGGCAAUGGGAGCAGAGCCAUUCUACUAUCCCAAGGAUGCAGGCCUCGCUUUUGGUGGAGAGACUUCAUCCAGAUUCCUACGCCUUGAAGUUCACUACCACAACCCUCUAAAACUUAAAGGUCAUAAGGAUUCUUCAGGGAUUCGCUUAUACUAUACACCAACUCUACGGAGAUAUGAUGCUGGAAUAAUGGAAUUAGGUUUGGUGUACACUCCUGUGAUGGCUAUUCCACCUCAAGAAACCAAUUUUGUCCUGACAGGCUACUGCACUGAUAAAUGCACUCAGACAGCUCUUCCUGCAAAUGGAAUUCAUAUUUUCGCAUCUCAGUUGCAUACUCACCUGACUGGAAGAAAAGUUGUGACAACAUUAGUUCGACAAGGAAAAGAAACAGAAAUUGUCAAUAUAGACAAUCACUUCAGUGCACAUUUCCAGGAAAUAAGAAUGCUAAAGAAACAAGUCACUGUUCUCCCAGGAGAUGUAUUAAUAACUUCAUGCACAUAUAAUACCAUGGACCGCGAACAAGCAACAGUGGGUGGCUUUGGAAUUAUGGAAGAAAUGUGUGUUAACUACGUCCAUUAUUACCCACUAACUGAGUUAGAGCUCUGUAAGAGUGCUGUUGAUCUAGGAUCCCUGCAGAAGUAUUUUAUCUUCAUGAGCAGGUUUAAUGACGAUGAAAUAUGUACCUGCCCUCAGGCAUCGAUAACAGAGCAAUUUGAUUCUGUUCCCUGGAACUCGUUUAGUAGGGAAGUUUUGAAAUCGCUCUAUGAUUUUACUCCAAUAUCUAUGCACUGCAAAAAGUCGACAUCUGUCAAAUUCCCUGGAGACUGGGAAAAACAGCCAUUGCCAAAGAUCACCAGCACACUAAUCGAAGAGAAGCAAAACUGUCCUGUAUCCCACAGUUUGCUACCAGAAUCUCCAAGUCUUGUUCAUGUUAAAGAAAAAAAGUACAAUAAAUAAGAUCAGCAAUGGUGCAUUCCUAAGGCUUCGACUGUAACUGCUGCCAUAUUAUAUUGUGCAGCAUGCAUGCAUCGAUUGUGUGGAAAUAUUGAUUAUAGAAAUAUUUGCAGUGGAGAUAUCUGCCAUUUGAAAGUGAUUUGAAAAUGAAAUUGUGAUACAUUCAUCCUUAAUAGAUGCCUUGUAUGAUUUGAUCCAUCUGAAUACAGAACGUUUCUUCUGAGGUUUUGUUCAACAGAGUACAAAACAGAUUGUACUCAGAAGAAUCCAAAUACAGCCACAAAACCAAAUAUGUCAAGUUUCAAUAUCUUAACACUGCUGAAAGACACAGAUCUAUGGUGACAAUUUUAUAUGAAGAUGGAUUUGUACAGAAUACUGAUUGAAUUCUCUGGCAUCAUUCAUAUAAGACUGACAGAAGAAACAAAAGAAAGUGUAGACUGACACACUGGGCAAGAUAAAUGGUAUUAAAAAUCAUCUCAAGUGUAACCAGUAACAAUAUUUUUGUUCCUGUAUAGUGUACCAACAAAUUCACUUCUGUAGUCCUUUGAGUGUAAAGUGCAUGCUGUACUGUUGAAGAACAAAAAUGAUAUCUUCAGUUAUGAUCAGGAGACUGAUAAGGAUUUGUUGUUAUGAGAGUCAGCGUAUCUAAACUAGUGAGUCAAACGUAUGAUUUGGCUUAACAUUUUAAGUUCCUUGCUUUUGUUUUGAUUUAACUAAUAAAGUAUUGUUCCAGGACACA